UGAGCGGCGACUAAACGUGCGACGGCAGACUGGAAAAUACGAGUCGGGUCGAGUCGAGUAUUAUAACCGAAAUAUUCAAGAUACAAAUAAACACCACCUCGCGGAGUUCUUGGUCGGGGUGUUAGUUGGGUGGUUCUUCGAAGUGCUUGGAAACAGGGUUUGCGGUGCAGUGCGUGAAAUUCGAAAUAUCGACAGAGUGCAUAAAAAAAAAAUAUUUACUUAAGUAAAUCACCGAACCAAAAUAAAAAAAACAUCUAUAAAUUAAAUAACAAAUCAUGUCAAAGCCACAACCAAUGUCAAAGUCCUUUACGGACGAGGAUCUGGCCAACAUACGUAAGCCCAGACCUUUUCAUCUGGGUCAGUUCUUAUAUAACUCUGAAACGGGCACAGUAAUGAACAGAGAUCGUGCAUCAUGGGCCAAGAUUGGAAUAUUCUAUUUGGCCUUCUAUGGAGUGCUCGCCGCCCUGGUGGCCAUCUGCAUGUGGGCCUUUUUCCAGACCCUUGAUCCUCGCAUCCCCAAAUGGACCUUGGACGAAUCACUGAUCGGCACAAAUCCAGGUCUCGGCUUUCGUCCCUUGCCGCCGAUGGAUAAUGUGGAGAGCACUUUGAUCUGGUACAAGGGAACACAGCAUGAGAACUACAAACAUUGGACAGACUCCCUGGAUGACUUCUUGGCUGUUUACAAAGUGCCUGGGCUGACCCCUGGUCGCGGUCAGAAUAUCUACAACUGCGACUACAACCAGCCGCCGCCAAAGGGUCAGGUGUGCGAUGUGGAUAUCAAGUCGUGGACUCCUUGCACAAAGGAGAACAACUACAGCUAUCAUAAGAGUGCCCCAUGCAUCUUCCUUAAGUUGAACAAGAUCUAUGGUUGGAUACCGGAGUACUACAAUGACUCCAAGGACCUGCCCGAGUCGAUGCCACUGAGCCUCAAGACAUACAUCGGCGAGGUCGAGAAAACUCAACCGCACAAGCUCAACACGAUCUGGGUAUCGUGCGAGGGCGAGAACCCUGCCGAUCAGGAGAACAUUGGAGCUGUCAACUACCUGCCCGUUCGGGGCUUCCCCGGCUACUUCUAUCCCUACCAGAACUCCGAGGGAUAUCUGAGUCCUCUGGUGGCAGUUCACUUCCAGCGCCCAAGGCGUGGCAUCAUCAUCAAUGUGGAGUGCAAGGCCUGGGCCCGCAACAUUAUUCACGAUCGCAAGGAGAGGAUCGGUUCGGUGCACUAUGAGCUGCUGAUUGACUAAUAUGGGAUCAAUCAGAUAGAUGUUGUGAACUAUUAUAUGUAGGCCUAAGAGUGAAGAGAAGCACAUAACGGCAAUCAAGAACCUAUGACACCAAAUCUAUGAACGUUGCUAAAUUAAUUGUGAAACAGUCCCACGCGAAACAAGAACAUUUUUUUAAUAUAUAUAACUAUUUACUAAUGUGUAGUCACCUUUACACGAUAUUUUGAAAUUCGAAAACAACAAAAAUAGACUCUGUCACAAGUAAAGUAAACUCAUUAGAUAUCACAAUUUACUAAAUCCGAAUCUCUUCUUAUACAGAAAGUAUAUAGACAUAAAAAAUAUAUAUACACACAUGUAUGUGUAUGUAUAUUUAGCGAGAAUUUAGUGUACCACCUAAGAGAUAAAUUCAAUGAUAAUGAGCAAUUUUUUGCAUUACAAAACAAAAUGAUGAUGAGUUUCAUAAUAGUUUACAAAACUGAAUGCCGAAAUGGGGAAAGAGUCCGUACAAACAAAUGGGAAACACCAUUAUUAUUAUAAAAAUACAUAAUAAUAAUAACGAAGGCUGGCCAAGUAUAAAUCUCAUUUAGCGAUGUUCCCAAAACGAAUGCGACAAAAAUCAAAUUCAAACUGCCAUUUCAAUAAAAAUUUACCAUUUCUGGCAAAGAGAUAAAUACAUAACCCUUUUAGAUAUUUAAAUUUAUAAUGAAUAUACAUAUAGAAAAUGAAUCUUUAUUAACUACACCGACAAAUCCUUUGGACCACUAUAAUAUACUACUAUACAUUUACUCGCAACCACUACAGACCAAUUUUGUGAACCAAAUGAUUGUUUUAAUAUUAAUUAUGUAGCUUCAGUGUAGAUCAUAUUUUUAGAGAAAUCUUAAAACCCCUUGCCACCCAUCUAACAUCACAUGCAAAACAAAGAAACGUUUAGGAAUUGAUAUUGUGCAACAGAAGAAAAAGAGAAACAGAAACAGAAUUUAAUUGUAAGUUUUAUUAUUAUCUAUCAACAAAAAGAGAACUGCCGACAGCGGCUAAGUAUAUGACUCGAAACACUUUCACAACUCGAUUUCAAUAAAAUUCAAUGAAUAAAUAGAGAAACCCAAA